AUUCGGAUCUCCCAAUGCAUCACAAGGGAUGACUCCCGUAAUCCGCUGCCAGUGCUCAUGGCUGGGAGCGUGUGAUGUCAUCCAGGACCUGACUCCUGCUCCAGAUUUCGCUGCACUUCUCAGAUCUACAGACACCCAACUGUGACAAGUCCUGAGUGGCGGAGGAGACGGCUUAAGGCAGGGCUGGCUGCCUCCAGGAGGCUGAUACCUCCAAUUCACUAACAAUCCGAGGGGGAAGGAGGCAGCAGUGCGAUCCUCUCCGAGCUGGUGUGAGGAUGACUUGGAGAGACCCCCACCAUCCUGCAGACCAGAGGACCACCGUGCCCUGAGAGCCAGGAGACGGAGGUGACUAUCUGCACCGGAGAAAGCUGGAUUUAUUCCUCAAGAACUGAGAGUGGUAUCAAGAAGAUGACUGUGGCUGAAGGAGUCUUAAAGUGCACCCUAGACCAAGCGUCCGCCGGAGAAGGAGUCGACUCAGGAGUCUUGGCUGCUUUGGCAACUUUGAGGAGAUCGGGAAGGGGGGAUGCUGAUACAGAUCCAGUCGAGUCCAGCGACAGCCGUCCAUCCCUCGCCAUACAGCGCCCAGCCACCCCGUCCCCCACAGAACCUUCUCCCACCUGCAUUCAUGACUGACAGACCUUUACUUACUACUGAACAAGACUUGGCCACUGUCAACCACACCAGCAACGUGACCGACUGUGGAGAGGACAUCUUGCUGUAUGGGGACAUUGAGAAGAUUGUCAUCGGGGUCGUCCUGUCCAUCCUCACCCUCUUCACCAUAGCUGGCAAUAGCCUGGUGAUCAUCUCUGUGUGUAUAGUGAAGAAGCUCAGGCAGCCCUCCAACUACCUGGUGGUGUCCCUGGCGGCCGCUGACCUCUCGGUGGCCAUCGCUGUCAUGCCUUUUGUUAUCAUCACAGACUUGGUCGGUGGAAAAUGGCUCUUUGGGAAAGUGUUCUGCAACGUUUUCAUAGCCAUGGAUGUGAUGUGCUGCACGGCGUCCAUCAUGACCCUGUGUGUCAUCAGUGUGGACAGAUACCUUGGAAUAACACGCCCACUGACCUAUCCAGCCCGACAGAAUGGCAAACUAAUGGCUAAGAUGGUGUUUAUAGUUUGGCUUCUCUCUGCCUCCAUCACUCUUCCACCACUCUUUGGAUGGGCUCAAAAUGUCACUGUGGAGAGGAUGUGUCUCAUAAGUCAAGACUUUGGGUAUACCGUCUACUCUACUGCAGUUGCCUUCUAUAUCCCAAUGACUGUCAUGCUCAUUAUGUAUCAGAGAAUCUUUGUAGCAGCUAAAAUCAGUGCCGAGAAGCACAAAUUUGUGAACAUCCCAAAACUUAUUGAACAAGAAGGUAUUUAUUGCUUAGAAGAUAAAAUUGCUCCUAAAAAAAGCUCCAAAAAGAACAAAGCAGUCGAAGAGUUUGCCACCUUGUCCAAGCUCAUACGCCAAGACAGGAAGAACAUCUCCAUCUUCAAAAGAGAACAAAAAGCAGCGAGGACUCUUGGGAUAAUCGUUGGAGCCUUCACUUUUUGUUGGCUUCCUUUCUUCUUGAUGUCCACAGCCCGGCCUUUCAUUUGUGGCAUUAGGUGCAGCUGCAUGCCCCUCAGACUGGAGAGGACACUUCUGUGGUUGGGCUACACCAACUCGCUUAUAAAUCCAUUAAUCUACGCCUUCUUCAACAGGGAUUUAAGGACUACUUUUUGGAACUUGCUGAGGUGCAAGUACACCAAUAUCAAUAGGAGGCUGUCAGCCGCCAGUAUGCAUGAAGCAUUAAAAGUUACAGAGAGGCAUGAGGGCAUCUUGUAAUGGUUCCAUUCUAUGGACCUUGGACAUCAUCAUGACUUGACCAUGACUCUGAAAGACACACUAUUUAGUGCCUAUCCUAAGAGACAAUGCUUUAUGGUGAUAUGUCUUUUGAUUUUCAGUAUAUUUAUUACCACGGUUUUCAAAAGGUUGUGGCUACUGGUUGGGUUUCUAAAAAUGCAGUAGAAAGAUAAACUCUCUACUUCAGUCUUUCCCAACUAGGGUUCCUGGGAUUUUAUGGAACCUAAGUUAGGUUUCUCCAGGAGACCGCAACAGCAAAUCGCUGUUAUGGUAAGAAUUGGGUAGUUGUAGUUGCUCCUAAAGGAGACAGCACCAGCCGGUCAUCUUUACAGUAUGGAUUAGGUGGAUGUAGGGGUGGAUGUAGACUGCGCCUUCAUGUUACCUUUACAGAAGGAAUGGAGUGGUUCUCCGGGAGACAGCACCUUCAUGUCAUCUUUACAGUAGUAGUAUGGUGGUUGUAGCAGUUCUCCAGAAGACAGCACCUUUACAAAAGGGUCAGAAGGGUUUAAGGGGCUCCCCCGUCAAAGUAAUGUUUAUGUCCGGGGUUCCUCCAUGAUAAAAUGUUAGGACUUACUGCUUUACUUGAAUGGACAUUGUACAAAAAAUACACAUCAAAUUUUAUUGUAAAUUAAACAGAGAUAUAUAAUGCUGUGACUAUUACUGAAUGUGCAUUUUUCUCCAGCUUUUAACUACCAAGGUUUACAAGAGGGGUAAUGUUCACGCAACACUUCAUGUCCGUGACAAUCAUCACUGAGUCGUGACCAUCUCUUUUUAUUACCAGUGCUUGGCAUGUAUAGGCACCUGUAGUGUGUGCUCGGCAUACAGGAAAUACCACCAGUAUCUAAUCGGAACAACAUUCUCAGCAGCUUCGUACAUUCGUACAGUUCUGUAGUCGACAAAUUGUGUGACAAAAAAAUGUAAAUAGAGUCAAUGAUGUCAUUGGUAGAAGAUUUUCUUUUUGAGAUAUGUGUAUAUGUAUAUAUAUAUAUAUAUAUAUAUAUAUAUA